UUAUAUUCCUUCCAUUAAGUCUCCUUGGUAAACUCAAUAUAUGAUUUACACCUGCAAAGUAUUCUAAUAUAUAAUAAAAAGAAUACAACAUAAAAAUAAAACGCACCCAUUCGGACAAGGCCAAGAUGGACGCCCCCACGCCGCCGUCAUGCGAGGACAUAGCAGAAACACUGAGGGCCAUGCGGACAAUAGAUGACAAAAUUGUGUAUGAGCUGAACCUGGCGACGCCCACACAGUCAUUCCGCAGCGAGGUGGACCCCAAGGCACACUGCGCAGACUUGUACAGACAGCUCACCCAGAUCUACAAUGAGCGUGGCACCCUCAUUCAGCGGUGUGUGGAGGAGGCACGGGAAGAGCUGAAGGGGAUGCAGUCAGAGAUAGUAAAACGAAGGGAUGACCCGUUGUUCAUGAGGAAAGUACGCAGUGAACAGAGCAAGGUGCGGGAAUUGCAAAACGAGUCCUCAAUUGAGGAAAUCAUCCGAGAGAGGAGCCUGAAGGUGUUUUAUGAGAAGUGCCACCUCUUCUACAAGCCCCCACAACCCACCAGCAAGCCCCAAUGACUGACAACACACCAACCGCCACCACACACAGUACAACACCACCACCAUCAUGAUUACUACUUCCAACAGAACAGUAAGGGUGAAGCAAGCCUCAGGAAAGAGUUAGCUGUGGUUGUUAAGUAGGGAAUGUCCACCAGUUUCUACACAUCAUGUCAGUUACUGCAUUCACAUCAGGAUGAACAUUACCCUGGAAAAUUGUGCUGAGGUAUAAAAAUUAAUUGCUUAAAAAGAUAGAUAUUAUUUUGACUAUUGUUAAUUUCUGUGCCUCAGUUCAGUUUUCACUAUACUUUUUUUUUUCUUUAGAUGCAAGUACUGAUUGAAGUGGUGUGUAUGAACUGGCAAACACAACCUAAGAGAGAAUAUAACAUCCAACACGGCAAACAACUUCACUAUGAAAUGUUGUAUCCUAGAUAACUUCAAUUGUAAAGUCAAAGUGAAAGAGGUUUUUAUCCUUAAAAUAAAUAUAUGCUCAGAAUGGACUACAAUAUUAAAUAAUAAACAUUUUAUGCUUCAAUUCUGUAAAAUAUUGCAUUGCAUUUGCGUACAAAAUAUCGGUGGGUUGGAGGAGCUUGGUUGUAGAGCUUUAUAAUAGUGUCCAAGCAAGGAGCAAACAAGUCGCAUUAGGACAUUCAGGGAACAAGGGAGUUUGUCAUCCAAGCAGUUGUUUCCACUGCCUAAGCUUUAAGGGAGGAGGUUAGGUUGUUGAGGUUACGAGCAGCUUGGCAUCAUCACAGACUCGUACAUGUAUAUUCUUUCAUUGCCCUGUUACAUAAUGAUCAUGUUCAUAACUCCACAUGCAGUCUGUCAACAUUGUGAGUUCUAUAUAAUGUUUGUAUUUCCUUUGUACUGGGAGGUUCUUGUAUAGUACAUUUGUUAGACA